AUGAAUUGCGUUGCGAUUUUAUUGGUUUCAUGUCUCCUUUUCUCCCUUCUCUCAGCCAACCUUGCCGAAGGGUUAGAAUGGUGCCCAUCAAAGGACGUGUUCAAAGGCCCUUGCACAGUCAGAGGAAGUCCAAGCUACACAUGUUUUCUAGAUCUUUUGGGAUCGAAGAGUGCAAGUGCUAUGCCUAAGAAUUGCAAAUGCACUCCUCUUCCUCACAACCAUCGUCAAUGCGACUGUUUUGUCGUUUGCAACAAUUAA